UAUCAUCAUCUAGUUUCUAGACGACGAAUACAAGGAGAGAGCGCGAACCGCAACAAAAGCACAAGCACAGCAGCGGCUGAGACGAACAGGAGCAGUGCUCCGCUAUCGGAAGGAAAAUGUACAGUAAAAUGAAUGGAUACCCUUCGUCAUCCUUUCGAUCAAGCAGUGGCCGCCUGUGGGGAAUGUCACACUCGCUACCAUCCGGAAUGUCGAACUACGCCAACUAUCUGCAGGAUGCAGACUUCUCAUCGUACUCACGGCCUCGUUUGUACGGCGAUAUGCCAUCGAGCAGCACGUUCGGUGGCGGCAACCCGUCUACCCCGCAUCACCACCAUCACCACCUCAAUCACCAUAACCCGCACCAAUCGUCCCAUCAUCACACGUCCUCGUCUAGCACGAGCUCGCUGACCGGCAUGAACUUUGGGACAGGCUCGUCCAACCACGCCGGCACGAACCUGAUCGUCAACUACCUGCCGCAGGACAUGACGGAGCGGGAGAUGUACGCGAUGUUCUCCGCCAUGGGCCCCAUCGAAAGCUGCCGACUGAUGAGAGAUCUAAAGCAGACUGGGUACAGCUACGGUUUCGGUUUCGUAAACUAUCUAAAGGAGGACGCAGCGCAACGUGCCAUCAAAUGUCUAAACGGCUAUCCGGUGCGUAACAAGCGGCUAAAGGUGUCUUACGCACGGCCGCAAAGUGACGACAUUAAGGAAACAAACCUGUACAUUACAAACCUACCCCGUACGAUUACUGAAGAACAGCUGGAUAUCAUCUUCGGCAAGUACGGUACCAUCGUACAGAAGAACAUUCUACGAGAUAAGCUGACUGGUCAGCCACGUGGAGUCGCUUUCGUACGAUUUAAUAAACGCGAAGAGGCACAGGAGGCAAUAUCGGCCUUAAACAAUGUGAUUCCGCAGGGCGGCAAUCAACCACUAAUAGUACGAGUCGCCGAAGACCAUGGCCGUGCCAAGGCUGCACUCUAUGUUCCCUCGUACAACUCUAUCGUGCACAACAAUAGAGCGAUGCUUCCGCGUCAGAACUCCAUGAAGUAUAACGAUCGGUCGAGUGGGCUGCUGCGAUCUCAUCACUCUUUGAUAUUUUACUAG